GACUUUUCCGGCCAGCACCACUUUGAGUUCCGAUGGGCUGCACGCAAUCUGCCGACAUCGUCGAAGUGUCUGCGCCGACCUUUAUGGACGAAUGCACGGCGAGCGCGCCGGCGUCCAAGAGCCUCAAGUACUCGCCACCGACCUCGUCCGGCUCCAAGAGCGCGUCCGUCGUCCUCGAGCCGAUCGUUGUCCCGCCGCCCGUGUACGUGAUCGAAGAAGAGACGGUGUUUGAGAAUGGCGCCGUGCACUACGUGAUCCUCGGCCCCAAUGAGCUCUUUCUCAAGAAGCGCUACAACGACUUCAAGCUGCUGCACACGACCCUAGCCGAGGACGGCGCCGAGCUGCCCGACAUGCCCGACGUGACGCUCUGGAGCGCGCUCUCGCGCCACAACGGCCAGCUCAUUUCCGACCGACGGGAGCGCUUCCAGGCCAUCUUGGACGCUGUCGCAGCAAAGCACCACGAGUCGCGUGCGAUGGCCACGUUCGCCGCCUAGUCCUUUUUCUAUUUCUUAAUAAUUUU